GUCGCAAUUAGAAUAGUGCAAAUUCGCUCGGUCGGAAAUUUUUUGUUAUGGUCGCCAAAUUUUAGUACAAGAUUAAAAAGAAACUUUUUAAGUUUUAGUUGCAAAGCUCCAAUCAAUGGCGUUUUCCUCGCAGAGGUUAUUUCUCCAUGUUCCGUUUAAAAAUGAGAAACCAUUGCUGCCGGAUCGAAAACGUAGCGAUUGUCAGCUGAAAACCUAUGAAUCCUGUACCGAUUUGAGGGCUUGGGCGAUGAAUCCACUGCUCAUGUCACAGUUCAUGAUGGACGUGGUGCACAAAGCUCGUUUCCGGAGGUUGCUGUUGAGGCCGGAUGGUGACUACGAACUCACCCGGGAGUACCUGCUCCAAUUGAGCACUGAUGAACUGGCAGACUAUGUGCUUAGUCUGAUGAAUGAAGUGAAGAAAAUGAAAUCUGAAGUGCAUGACUUGACAGAAAGCGGUCGAGAUCUCGGACAGCAAUUGGCAUCGGUUCAACAAAUUGCAGAAACAUGCGUUCAGGAGAGAGAAUUAAUUCUGAUUCAGCAGCAAUCGGUAGUAAUAGAUCCGGAUUUACAGCAAAAAGAACUAGCAGACCUAAAGGAAACGAUCUGUGCAUUGAAGUACAAAGCUGACAGAUAUGAUUGUGUGAUGCGAGAAAAUCUAAGCCUUCGAUGCAAACUGCAGGCAAUGUACGACGAAAACACAUCCAAUACAAAGAGAAAGUUUGACUAUGGUGCCUGUGGUGAUACGGAGACGAAUACCUGUGCAGUACUUAAGGCAGAACUUUGCAUCUACAAGUGUCGUUACGAUGAAAUGCAACAACAAAGACGAAAGCUAAUGGAAGAAUUGCAAAGGGCAAAAAUCGGACAGGAACAACUUUUUAAAUUGAAGAAUAAGUUGAUUAACCAGCAAUUGCAGAAAGAGCAACUGCAAGAGCGAUUAGACGAUGCUUUGAUCAAAUGCGACCAAAAAGAGAUGGAGUUGAAGAAGAUGGCCGAUUAUAUUGCGAUGUGUAAUCACAGACUGGAUAAAUUGGAACGGUUAGAGUCCGAGCGCAAUCGACCUAAAGACUUGCUUAUUGAAACGAGUAGUCAAAAAUCAUUCGAUAGUGAGGGAAGCGUAGAAGAAUAACUUAAAUUCUAGAAC